AAGAGAAUUCUUAUCAAAACAGCCGGAAGUGUUCRGGUUCUCACAAGCAAGUCGAUAUCGACUUCCCAGWACUACAGGAUACGCCGGAAUCGCUGAGUAGUAACAGAGAUUUGCAUUGGCUGGAGCUUUUKUCAGGACUACAUCUCUAUAAGAAAGAUAUAAAUACCCUGAUAUUAAAGAAAACGAUGGCUGGAUACGAUCGACAACCAGACGAAUACGAUCCCAUAACAGAUGACUACUUGCCAGUCCUCAAGCUGCUGCAAAUAGGAGGUGGUUUGGGGCGUCUUGCUUUGGAGUCAGCUCAAGCUAGUCUUUUCACGUCUAUUGCUUCGAAUGAAGCAGUAGUAUUUGCCGAAGGAGGCCUUGAAAUCCCAGAAGAAAAGCAAACAUUGCGAAUCAUUGCCAAGACAUACAUGAAAMAAGGCAAAUGCUACAUUGGAUUUGAUGGUGGUAGUGGAAAACUUUGGAGACCGAUUUCAAAGACUAAAGAAGGUUUAUGUUGUUGGCCAAACGCAAGCGAAUUUGAUGUGGGAUCGAAGUACGAAUUCAAGAUUAUUGAACGGCAGCCUUCAGAAAUUCCCUACCCSCAUCGCUGGAACGAUGUCCUUGUUUCAAACAAAGUCACUCCCAAGGGGGUCCCCWCAAGGGAUCUAUUUGACGACCUAGCGCAAUCCAGUUUUGACACAGUUAAGGGAGUUUUUCAUCCAGGAAAAAUCAAAUACUUCAAGUUCAUCGUCGAAAAUGAAAUCUGCCCAUCUACAGGCAUCUAUAAAUGUAAAGGUAGUCARCUAAACGUACAUUCCACUCCAAAUCAGUUUGGUAAUAUGAGAGAAAGAUUGAAAAUUGAUGAUGGAAUCAUGUAUGAUUUCCCCAUUACAGCGUUGCAAUACAAGAAGUCUUUUAUAGACAGUGAGGACGUUCUGGUUGUCCUGGGUCUUGGAAGACCGUUUGACGGAAAUGGGAAGUUUGAACCAAGAUGUUAUAUUCUCGUUGUUGGAAUCAUAUAAUUUUAACACAAGAAUAAUUCCCAUCAAAGAACUGCUCGUCGGGGAAAGAGGAGUUUCUCUAAUCUUUUUUGUUUCUGCUAUACUUAUAACUUCAUUGGCAUAAUUUGUAUUAUGUCAUGUUUAAUUGAACUUCAUGUACCGUGUACAUGUCAUAAUGUACGUCUUCUAUAGCCUGCCUGUCUACUAGCUACUCGUCAGURACCCAMACAGAUCACACCAAAGAACUAUAUACCAAAAAAGGUUGGCUUSCAAUUGUAGCAUAAUUUUCAUAAGMCURUGAAACAAUUAAUAAGGAUCAAAGACAGAAUGACGAAAACAAUCCASUAUGAAAGUGGAGAGAAAGGAGAGCUUCAUYCAAAGUAUGUUAAUACAAAUSACAGAUUUUUGAUCUUUUCCUUCACAUUUUCCAUUUUUCCUUUCAGUUUUCUAUACAAACGAGUCUAAAGAUAAUCAUAUUUCAAUAUUAAGUUUUUUUAUGGUUCUCGGAUCUACGAGAAUCUAUCAACUUAGAGCGAAGUCAAAAACGAAACAUGACAUAGAUUUUACACUAAUAUACACAUACCAUCAAACUAGUCAUAUGUUGUUUUUAAUGAUUUCACUCUAGUUCUAGUAAUAUUUCAAAGUCCGAUGAUAGUGAAAAAUAAAGAGUGGAAAAGUGUAGCAAGUAUAGUUCAAGAGUUUAUCACAACCAUACCGCAGAUUAAAGCAACCAACCACAAUACAGCGCRCGCUCGUGUUAUUGUUUUCAUGCGUCAAUAAAUUCUAGAUUGAUA